CUUCAAAGGUCCUAGCAGAGCAGUCUGCUUGGGAGUUUGUAAAGGAGAAGAAACCUUCCUUCGACUUGCCUAUCAUCAGCGAGACUACCAUCAACAUUGGGGGAUCCAAUGCGUUCCUCCUUAAUGAAAUCAAGAAGGACCGGCUAGAGAAAUUGACGCGUGAAUUUGCGUUGACGGAAUUUAGGAUGAUCGAUGUUCGAGAUCUCGCCGGGCAGCAUGUCCAAGCCCUUCUCAUCCCGGCUGCAGGAGGAGAGCGCUUUCUCACUUCCUCCUACGAAAUGACCUGGCAGCGACCACUGAACAGUCUCUUUUUAGUUGAUAUCAUCAACCAGAGCGCCAUACCUGGGAUAGAACCAAUCAAAGGAUAUCCCGAGGCUCUCAAAGAUUGGCAGCCUUCGACUAUAGUGCCACGCGAAAAGGUCAAAGGUAUCCUUGGAACCAGGUAUAGACCUGCGGAGGAAACAAUCAAAGAUACCGUCGGAGACGCUGUUAGCAUUGGGUGGGCUCAGUAG